AUGAAUAUAUUUAUAAAGGUACUUAAUGGCCAUAAUAGUAUCAAUAGUAAAAGUAGUAUAAAUCUUGUAAAUAAUAAUAAUAGCAGUAGUAAUAGUAAUAGUAAUAAUAAUAGUAGUGGUGGAGUUCACACAUAUUCAAGAACCACAAUUGCCAUACCCAAUUGUGCAGUUCCCUAUUCAAAGCUUUUAAAAGAUGAACAUGAAAGAGAUACAACCAAUACCAAGCUAGAAUUCUAUCCAGAUGAUCCACUGGUCAGCGAAGAAUCUGUGAGAUUCAUAAUCGAUUUUCUCAACAAAAUACAUGAAUAUUUGAUUAAGUACAAAAAACAAUACCAUUUAAAAGAUGGCAUUGAAUCAAUCAACAUAAAAGAUAUCUUGGAUCAUACUUUAUAUUUAGAUAAUAACAACAAUAACAAACAUAAAAAUAAUAAUAACAAUAGCAACAAUAAUAAUAAUAAUAAUAAUAAUAAUAAUAUUAGUAGUUUUAGUAAAAUAUAUAUAAACAGCAACAACAACAAUAAUAAGAAUAAUAAUAGUUUUGAACAGGUGCCGUUGUCGAAUUCAUUGCAACGAGAUGAAAAUGGUAAUUUUAUUUCUUUUGAUAGUUUUUCUGAAAGUGGUAAUGGAAGUGGUAAUGGUAAUGGUAAUGGUUUUAAUGGUGGUAGUGGUAGUGGUAGUGGAUAUGUCAAGUUACCGGCUGUUUCUGAACAUGUCAAACCAAAGAAACAGAAUACAUUCAAAUCAUUACUCUACAAUCAUGUCAAUCUAUUUAAACAUGGUAAAAGCGUGGAGUCACUAGUGGCAACAGCAGAGUACUUUGGUGUUAUUGAAAACCUCUUAAUAAGAGCGAUUCGUCACCAAAUCGAAUUGGUACUGUUUCAAUCGACAAGUGUUGAGAAUGCACGUUCUUACUUUGGUAUCACUCACGAUUUCGAUCCACUAGAGGAGGAACGAAUCCAAAAGGAACACAAUUUCAUACAGACUAGCUACGCAUCACAAGAAGAGUGUCAAAAUGAAAAUAACUAUCGUUCUUAUAUAGGAGAGAAUGACCAUCACAUAACAUCAUCAACAACAUCAUCAUCAUCAUCCAAUCAGCAACAACAACAACAGGACAGUAGGAAUUGUAGUCAUAUUCAUAAUGAUGAUGAAGACAAUAACUAUGACACUGAUAUUACACAAAUGAUAAAGCCAAGACGUUUGAUCAAGCCAAUCAGUGACCAUUUUGUCGUAGCUUGUCAUGCGUGUAAUCAACAGUUCUCCUUGUCGAAUCGACGUAGUCAUUUAUCAAACGAUCACAUAUUCCCAGUCCGGUGUAUAGCUGUCUCAAAGAUCGGUUGUUCUAUUCGAAUCUCAGAGUCUGUGAGAACUGCCAUCACUAUCUUACCAAUGACAAAGACCGCGAAACACUGGUUCCUGCGCUGA